CUAACGCUGGACAGGUCGCCGCCCACCUCCAAAGGGUUGCCUGGCCAACCCAGCCCAGCGCCUCCCGCCACCGCUUGAACGCUGGAAGUCACAGCUACUACCAUGGAUGAGGUACGCAAAGGCGAGGAGCCAAAACACGGCGCCCGGUGACAUCCAUGGACGACCCCUCCCCUGCUUCCUCGGAUUGCGCGACGCAGUAACAAUGGAACCUGGUAACAAACACUCACUCGACUAAAUUGCCCGCCCGCCCGACCGUCCACUCUGACCUGAACCCCUUCACCACCACCACCACCACCACUUCUUGGCCGCUCGCCGCCCCGCCAUUCCUGUCUCUGCGUCGAGCAUUCCAGACAGCUCGCAUUGUCCUGCGCCCCAGGACAAAGGCCGACUGCAUUCCAUUCGUCCUCGACGCCUUCGCCGACAUGGGGCAAGCGGCGCCGCCCUUCAUGUACGGCGCCGAGCCGCGCAACGACUCGCGCUUCCCCAGAUCUUCCUUCGAUCCCAAAGCUGUGACGCGAGCCAGCUGGGAGCCCAAGCCUCGCAAGCCUCAGCCCACUGGCCCGCUUGUCUCUUUCAAUCGUCACCCCGAGUCCGUACAUGUCCUCCAGCGCAAUCCAAGUCCCGGCUGGCCGCUGACAUUCUGGUCCAGCUCCCAUCUGGUCCUUGCGACCCAACAGACCAACUAUGUGCCCCUCGGCCGGCGCACAAAGAAAUGCAUCAAGUGGCUGCGCCGUCUGCAGCUCGUCCUGCGAGUCCUGCAACUCUGCGGCGCCGCCGGCAUCCUCAUCCUCAUGAUCCUCAUCACCAACGUCAACCCCGCCACUGCAUGGGUCCUCCGCAUCGUGGCCGGCAUUUCCAUGAUGCACUGUACUUAUGGCGCCUAUCAUCUCUCCCGCGACGCUUCCGGCCGCACUCCGGCAUCCUCUGCUGCCUAUCAGGUCUUUGCCAGCAUAGCUGACCUGUGUGUUCUGUCUACUUAUGCCUAUGGUGCCUUGACUGCCUACAAGAGUGCCGGUGGAUGGGCCACCUUGCUUGCUGACCAGAACCUCGUGCGAUACUUCGUUCCGGCCGUUUACUAUACCCUCGUCGGCUGUGGCGGCCUGCACGUCAUCACCCUGUCUGUUUCACUCUGGCUCGGAGUCGCCUUCCGCAGAAUCAGCCUCAUGCCUCCAGAUCUGAACCCCCUCGAAGACCAUCUGACGGCAAGGCCUUUCCACAAGCGAAACAAGUCUUCCGUCACCACGGCUAGCAGCGUCGGAGACGAGAAAUGCUUGUCGACACCGACGGAGGCGAGCCGUUUCUCUGACCUACGCUCUGAGGACUCGUUUCGGCCACCGAGCGUGCCCUUUAUGCACACGAGAACUGGCUCGAGCCAUUCUCAGCUGAGCCGAGACUCUAGAAGCGACUUCCCAGCGAGGCAAUACCAAAUUGUCCCCAGCGGUGGCCGUCUCGGGCAUUCAUCGGCCUGCUCGGCUCCAAUUCGUGCAGAUGUGUCUAUGCCUCGCUCCUUGCGAGGUGGUUCAUACGUUCAACUGCCCACAACGGAGCCUGGAUCGCCUCAGCGGGACCUGACAUCCAAACAAGACGGAAGUUCAGCCCGGAAGCCAAAGUUCACCGAGGCAUGGGCGCCGACCGAUUCCCUCAUCUCCAGAACGUACCACCGCAAGAGCACCGGUGAAGCGAGGCUGCCGUACACAGCUUUGACCCAGCGCUACAACUUGGACGAUCCGUCUGACUCGGAGUACGAGGAUGAGAACGUGCAGACUGGAGACCUCACGGCCGCAUUAUCCGCGCCCAAGCAUCCAAACCCCCUCCGGUCCCACCCGCCGCCGAGGGCGCAAGCAACACCAAACUGCCCUGCCACACGGCCGUCCCAGGCCUUGCUGGUGGAGGUGAGCGGCAAUGAGCGUCGGGUCAGCGAUAGCAGGGACAUUGCCGAUCAGACACUGAGUCAGCAGAGCCCGUGGCAGAGGCAACGAAACAGUUCCAUUCAACCCGAGGAUGGCUUUUACUCAAGACCGUAUGGUGAUCUUAAGCCCUCCACUCCUCCAAUCAUGAUUGGCAGCGGCCGUAAGGUCUCGACCGGCAACGACUUUGCAUUCACGUACGCUUCCAAUUCUCACGGCCGACGCGUCAUGAGUGGCAGACAGGCCGAGGAGGGCCUUGCUGCAGCCCAAGUCUCGAGACGAGGCCUCGCGGGGAGCUAGGAAGUGUGCUCGUCUGUUUCUGUUUACCCGUGUUUGGUCACUUACCGGCUUGCGUAUCUGAUGCAUGUAAAAGGAUGGGCCUGUCGGUUGGCAUUGGAACUCUCUUUUUGUCUCACGAUGGAUAGGCGAAGAAGGACAUGCGAGAUGAAUAUACAAUGAUGAGAAUGAUAAGACACUGAGUGGCCGACUACCUGGAUACACAUUGGGUGGAGGGCCGAGGUGUUUUACCCCUCAAACCUCCUGACCCCGUCCAUAUGAGCGCCACACAGACGCAGACACCGCCGCCACAUCGCCUUUCCAGCGCCCUUUGUCCCACGCAUCGAG